CUCUCCUUCCUCGUGGGUUACAGACCGCUAUUCUGGGAUCCGGACAAGUCCGGCCUUAUAAAAAGCAGCGUGAAUGCAGCACAAAGAACAUAGAUUUCAAGGUGAAGGGAGCUGAAUGGACCGCGGACACAUUUGGAUGUAGAUUUGUGCCAAAGUCCACCGUACUGUGACAUCGCUGCAGGCAGCCUUCCACAGCUUCCUAAAGUGGCAUCUUAUGUCUGUCUAGAGUUACGCAUCAGCCACAAUCAGACCACAAUAUGAAGACGUCAGGCCUGCUCAUCGCUUGCUCUUUUCUGAUCUCUGGAUGCAUGGGGAUGCCACAAUUCCCUGAACAAGAGAAAAAUCCCAAGUUCUGGAAUGACUGGGCUCAGCAGACCUUGAAGGAUUCAUUGGAACAGGAUUUCAGUAAUAAGAAAGCAAAGAAUCUUAUCCUCUUCCUUGGAGAUGGAAUGGGCGUCCCCACGGUGACGGCAGCUCGGAUACUGAAGGGUCAGUUGAGUGGAAAAAACGGCGAAGAGACGCAGCUGGAGAUGGACAAGUUCCCUUUUGUCUCUUUGGCCAAGACAUACAACACUGAUGCUCAGGUUCCAGACAGUGCGGGCACAGCCACAGCUUACCUCUGCGGGGUUAAGGCUAAUGAGGGCACUGUUGGUGUGAGUGCAGGAGCUGUUCGCUCCCAGUGUAACACCACAAAGGGCAACGAGGUCACCUCCAUUCUCAGAUGGGCGAAGGAUGCAAAAAAGUCAGUGGGAAUCGUGACAACAACACGCGUGAACCACGCGACGCCGAGUGCCGCCUACGCCCACUGCGUGGACAGAGACUGGUACUCUGACAACGAGAUGCCAGCUGAAGCACUGCAGUCCGGCUGCAAGGAUAUCGCCAGGCAGCUGUUUGAAAACAUUCCCUACAUUAAUGUGAUUAUGGGUGGAGGAAGGAAAUAUAUGUACCCCAUAAACAUGUCGGAUGUAGAAUAUCCAGAUAUAACAAAGCAUAGUGGCACACGGAAGGACAAAAGAAACCUGGUGGAGGAAUGGAAAAGCAAAAUGAAGGAUGAAAAGGCCCAUUAUGUAUGGAACAAGGAGCAGCUCAAAUCCCUAAAUCCAAAAAAUGUGGAUUACCUGCUGGCUCUUUUUGAACCGUCAGACAUGUCUUAUGACUUGGACAGGAACAACAAUACUGAUCCUUCACUGACAGAAAUGGUGGAGGUAGCCAUCAAGAUCCUACAGAAUAACCCCAAUGGAUUUUACCUUCUUGUAGAGGGAGGACGCAUUGACCACGGACACCACGAGGGCAAGGCCAAGCAGGCCUUGUAUGAAGCUGUAGAAAUGGACAGAGCCAUCGGGCUUGCAGGUCGCUUGACCAGCAUUCAUGAUACCCUGAGUGUCGUUACUGCAGACCAUUCUCACGUUUUCAGCUUUGGAGGCUACACACGGAGAGGAAACACAAUAUUUGGUCUGGCCCCCAAGACAAGUGAUGUCGAUCACAAGUCUUAUACCUCCAUUUUGUAUGGAAAUGGACCUGGUUACAAACUUGUCAAAGGUGAAAGAGAGAAUGCUUCUGUUGCUAAAUAUGAUGAAAAGAACUACCAGGCCCAGGCAGCUGUGCCUCUGAGCUCGGAGACUCAUGGAGGAGAAGACGUGGCUGUCUUUGCCAAGGGUCCCAUGGCUCACCUGCUGCAUGGGGUCCAAGAGCAGAACUACAUCCCCCAUGUGAUGGCGUAUGCGGCUUGUAUCGGCCAGAACAAGAAUCACUGUAUGUUGAAGGACGGAGCAGUGGGCUUAAUGCCAAUGUUCUCCAGCAUUGCAACCAUUCUCACAAUCACUCUGCUCCUGUGCUGACCCUCCUCAGACACCUGUUAAUAUUGUUCUUAAUCAGUUUCACAUUUAAGAUUUUAGCAAUUGUGUUUUUUAUUUUGCAAUGUCUCUAUGUUUUUGUAAUGCGACUGUUUUUACAUAAUUAACCAGCAAAAUCACAAACUAUUGUCCAGCGAUUUAAAAAAGCACCUGCCCCCCAUUAUUUUGUAAUUUUUCAAAUUAUUAUUUUUUUUAACCAAGACGGCGUUCAGCAACACUGGUACAGUGUCUUCAGUUCAGUGAAGAAGGCAUGUAGAUGAGAAAGAUUGCUGAACCACAUACUUUUAGGAAGCAGUGAGAGGGAUUUGAGGGAUUUGUCAACCCACUUUCUGGAAAAGAAAACGUGAAGUCAGAGGGAAAACUACCACCCUAUUUCUCACCUUCCUGCCACACAACAAGAAAAAAUACAUACAUUCUAUUGAAAAUCUUAAAGGGGAUGUAUAAUGCAAAAUUCAUAUUUUGCACAUUUUUGUACUUCCAUUUGGGUCUCUACUACUUCCAAAAACAGAACAAGAAAACCAUUUUCUGGCAAUAAGUUAAUGUUUUUUGGUGUUUGUAAAAUGAGCAGUUUCAAAAAUCUCCAGAAUGUAACGUCACAAAUCAUCUGGCACUGCUCCUCACCUAGCAACCCCAGAGAAAUCCAGUCCGUCACCUAGAAACCCCAGCAAAGCCCAGCCCAUCACCUUGCAACCCAUUCUGGUUUUACAGCUGAAUGCGCUGUACAGAGGCGGCUCAAAAAAACAAGCGUUUUGUUGUGGACUUGAUUGUAAAAUUGCACGUCUGUUUGCAGUUAUUUUCAUGUGCAAUUGCAAAUGUUGAAUUGAAGGUGGCGUGACCAGCGGCAGCUUAUCUUUAUUUAAAGUGACACCAGGCCCUACAGCAGCUCAUUCUCAAAAGAGCAUAAAAAAGGCAAAAUUGAGUGAAUUGAAAUUUCAUAAUCUAAGAAUGAUUUUGUGGAAAAAAAUUACCAAACAUGUUUUGUACAGCCAUACUUGUCCUAUCUUGUUCAAGGAAGUAUAACGUAUCACCUUCGGAAAAGCUUUUAUUUCUAUUAAUUCUAAUUAUUUUACAUUUAGCAACUACUUAAAACUCGACAACUUUAAUUCAAAAAUAUUCAGACCAAUAAAAAAACAUUUUUAUUACAGAAAUGUGGGUAUGAUAAAAAAUAUGUUUAUUAUCUGCUUCAAUGUGUUUUUUUAAAGUUACUUUUAAUCUUAAAUAAGCCUCGUGGACUUCAUUUUCAAAUUUACUGAAUUUGACUGUACUGUUCUGUUCAACCAGUUAUGCAAAAUAUCCUAAAGCAAUGUUAGGAAGAGCUCACAAUAAUAUCAGAAACAGCACUGCAGCUUCAGUUUUGGACUCUCUGUAACGGGUAUAGAGCUACAGUAGUUCAGCCAUGUAUAAACAUGUCGGGUUUGCGUUAGAAACUUUCAGGGCUAAAUGUCUGAACUUGUUUUAUAUUGUAUGACAGAAUGAAUAGAAACUACCUCGCAUUCUUCCAAAUAAUUCCCACAGGUUGUCAUCUUAUUCAUUGGAACAUUUUGGUUUCAGGAGACAACGUUUUCCUGUCUGAACAUGAUAGAAUCACUUUGUUAAACUGACUACAAGGAUAUAUUUUUUGAAGUUGAACACUUUCCAUUCUCAUGAACACAAGAUCGCUCACCCAUUAUUUUCGUCAGUCAUAAUCUUUACCAUGUAACCAAUAAAUUUUGAUUUUCGAUAAAUAUUUGGCUUUGAUCUAUUUAUAAGUUCAUAAAUGUUUGUUUUUUGACAUAUUUUUAGAACUUCAACAAUAAAAUCAAUAUACCUGA